AAAAUGUUUGCAUUUUUGCGGGUUUUAUUACUUUGUGCGCAUUUGUUGCAUUUUAAAUCAAUCUCGGGAGUGGAUCUGGAUCUGCCAGAGGUAUUUGGCGGGGAAGGAGCUGCAGGAGCGCCUGUGUGGCAGAAUGGUGAAAUCAAGGCGGCGCCCGAGGCAGGAUCUGCCGUAGUAAAUGCCACAGUGGAGGAGAACAUUGGUGUGUCCGUGGAAGAUCCCUCGUCAGCGAGCCUGAGUCGGAGACAGCGUCAACUCUUCUUCGACCCGAAUCUCUUCUUCCUGCAAGGUGGCCUGGGCGGAGUGGGCGGGCUUGGCGGUCUUGGCGGUCUUAGCGGCUCUGGUGGAUGGGAGGGAUCCAAGUGUCUCACGGUACAGGGUCAGGCCGGCGCUUGUGUCCGCAUCAACAACUGCCGCCAGUACUACCGAGUGGCCCGCCAGCUGACCUUCAUCGCCCUGCGGCAAUGGCCCCAGAACCCUCCCCUUGGCUUGGGCGGAAAUAUGUGCAACUUUUUCGACCAGCUGGGACGCAUCAACAACGGCAUCUGCUGCACGGACAUGGAUGCCAACACUUUCGGAGUAUUCCCGCUGCCGACCACAACGACGACAGAAAGACCUUCGCCGGCUGCCGAUGAGGGCGAAAAUGGGGAUGAACCAGAGGAGGAGCCAGUCAAUGUUGACACUGUGGUUCAACCGGCGGAGACACCACAUCCAGAGGAUCCCAUUGAUAAUGUGAACAGUGUAGAGGACACGCCGGACUUUCAGGAUGUGAACACAAUCGAGGCUAAUGCCCCAGAACCCGAACCUGAGGCGGAACCAGAACUAGAGACGAUACCAGUGCCCGCCCAGCCGGCCACACCCGUCUACCCGUAUCAGUGGCCAUUCGGCUCCUUUGCCGGAGGCCCAGUAGCCCAAUGGCCGCCACCGCUGCCCACCCAUCCGCCUACAACUGGAGGCUGGCCCCCACCGCUUCCAACCCAUCCACCCAACCACCACUAUCCGACGCAUCCUUCGACGUCCGGAGUGCCCAGACCCACCACAGUGCCCAGCACCAAGCGCACCACCCCAAGACCCGCUGCCAGGCCGACUACCACCAAGCGUCCCACUUAUCCCAGCUAUCCGGUGACCUCGGCGCCUGCGCCGACGACCACGCGACGUCCGGUUAGCGGCUCCAGUCCCGAGGGCCUGCCGCUGCAGUGUGGCAACAAGAAUCCGGUUUCGCCGGAUCAGGAGCGCAUUGUGGGAGGUAUUAACGCCAGUCCGCACGAGUUCCCCUGGAUAGCGGUGCUAUUCAAGUCGGGCAAGCAGUUCUGCGGCGGCAGUCUGAUAACCAACAAUCACAUCCUGACAGCAGCACAUUGUGUGGCACGCAUGACCUCGUGGGAUGUGGCGGCCUUGACGGCCCACUUGGGCGACUACAAUAUCCGGACGGACUUUGAGGUGCAGCAUGUCUCGCGCAGGAUCAAACGACUGGUGCGGCACAAAGGCUUCGAGUUCAGCACGCUGCACAACGAUGUGGCUAUUCUGACUCUCAGUGAGCCGGUGCCCUUCACCCACGAGAUCCAGCCGAUUUGCCUGCCAACGUCUCCGUCGCAGCAGUCGCGCUCGUACAGCGGCCAAGUGGCGACUGUGGCCGGCUGGGGCAGUCUGCGGGAGAACGGGCCCCAACCCUCGAUUCUGCAGAAGGUGGACAUACCCAUUUGGGCGAAUGCCGAGUGUGCUCGCAAAUACGGACGUGCAGCGCCCGGGGGCAUCAUCGAAUCGAUGAUCUGUGCUGGCCAGGCCGCCAAGGAUUCCUGCAGCGGCGACUCUGGUGGUCCUAUGAUCAUCAACGAUGGCGGACGAUACACACAGGUGGGCAUCGUUUCCUGGGGCAUUGGCUGUGGCAAGGGUCAAUAUCCGGGCGUCUAUACGCGUGUCACGUCGCUGCUGCCCUGGAUCUACAAGAAUAUCAAAUAAUAUAAUAGUUGAUAUAGUUUAAGACGUGAUAUGCAGACAUGCAGAGCGAAUAAUGUA